UCUGCAUACCACAUUCAGCAAUCAUGAAUCGACUAAGAUGGCAGUGGCGAAAAUUUCCUUAUAGUUAUAAUGAAGAAAAUUUUGUUUUUAAAACGGCUUUCACGUUUGUUGAUAGUAUAUGUGAAAUUUGGGGUCCUCUACUUCAAGGGCGAAAAUUAAUUGUAAUACCACGGCAGCUUACUAAAGAUCCUGAGAAAUUUAUUGAUACUCUCGAAACUCAUAAGAUUCAACGUCUAGUAUUGGUCCCUUCUUUGUUAAGAUCACUUUUAAUGUACCUAAGAGCACAGAAUAAUGAGAAAUGCCUAAGCCAAUUGUUUCUUUGGAUUUGCUCGGGAGAAAAGUUACUUCCUGUACUAGCUCAAGAAUUUUUUAAACUAUUUGUUGGUCAGAAAAAAGUUAUUGCCAAUUUUUAUGGAAGUACAGAGAUAAUGGGUGAUGUCACAUUCUACGUAUUAGAGGAUAAUGAUAUACAUUUACAGAGAAAUGAGAUUCCGAUAGGUAAGCCGAUUGACAAUUGUGUAUUAUACGUGACUGACUGCGAUCUCAACUUACUACCACAAGGUCAAGUGGGAGAACUUGUAAUUGCUGGAAAAAAUUUAGCUUAUGGCUACAUUAAUGAUCAAAAUUCAGAUAAGUUUGUUGAUAAUCCAUUUUCUACAGAAGUUGACUUAUCAAAACUCUUCAGGACUGGUGACUACGGUGUAAUAAAAGAAAAUUUAGUAUUUUACAUGGGCCGUCGUGAUAGUCAAAUCAAAAUAAGAGGUCAUAAAGUAGAUCUAUCAGAAAUAGACAAAGCUGCUCUAAGUAUACCUUUAGUGAAGGAUGCUGUUUCACUAACAUACCUGACUGAGAAUUUUGAAAAGAUUAUUUUAUGUUUUAUCGUACCAAAGAUGCUGAGAUGCACUAUUUCUACAGAAAUCAAAUCGAUUCUUUCAAAGACCUUGCUGCACCACAUGAUACCACAGAUAGUUAUUGUCGAAAGUAUUCCUCUUCUUGUUAAUGGAAAAACUGAUCGACAAAGGCUAUUAGACAAUUAUAAGAAUCACCAAUGUAAAGAAAAAAAUGAUAAAUUAUGUGACAAUUUUGAUUAUCAAGGCGUACCAAAAGAGCACCUUAAAACAGCAGAAAAAAUUUUUUCUACAAUAGCAUCAGUCAUUAAUAUUGACAAAAAAAAUUCUGUAAACAUAAACUCUAAUUUCUAUGAACUUGGUGGAAACUCUUUGAAUUCUGUCUAUACAGUUUUAAAAUUACGAGAAAAGGGAUUAAAUAUUAGCAUUUCAGACUUUAUAUCAGCAACAUCUAUAAAAGACAUACUUUUUAAGCUAUCAACUAAAAGUUUAGUAGCAGUUAUAGAUGAUGAUGAGGACUCAAAAAACUAUGUGCCAGAAAUGUUAAAUGAUAACCAUAAAGAAGAUGUUAUAAGGAUGAUCACUGACAGUUUUUUUAAGAAAGCUGAUCUUGAAAAAUGGCUUAUACCUGAGAUUGAAAAGACAGACUAUGCUGACAUAAUACAACAAUUGUGGCGGCCCUUGGUGAAUAAAAAUUUGAGUUUUGUAUUGCGGUCUUUGUUAAAUAAAAAUGUUGUCUCUGUAUCCUUAAAUUUUGAAACUGCGGAUGAGCCAGAAAUUACUACACAGUCAAAACUAUCCAUAAUUUUUGAUUUUUUGGAAUAUCUGGAAAAACCUUUUCGUGAAACAAAGAUGAAGGAAGGAAAAAAGAAAAUUUUUCAUACGUUUAUGAUGGCCACCUGUGAUAGUCUUCAUGCUGCAAAAAAUGUUAUUCUGAUGAAACUAAUGGAACAGAAGGUUUUCAAAAUCGCUAUGGAAAAAAAAUUUUCAGGAAUUCUUACAACAAACACAAGUCCUCUGACUCAACAACUAGGUUCCGAAAUAUUUAAAUAUGAAGUACUGCUUGAUUAUCAAGUGAACCAUUACAUAACACCUGAUGGACUUAAACCAUUCGCCGAAGCUCCAGACAGUCAAAGAGCAGUCGUCUCAUGGAAAGAAAUUAUCUACAAAAGUUAAUUAAUGUUUAAGGUUAACAUAGUGCAGGAAACAUAAUUUAUACUUUAUUAAAACUAGUCACAGUGUACCAUGCAUGGAAUUACUAUAAAAUUUCUGUGAUAAUAUAUUCAAAUUUACAACUAACUAUAUCAUUUGAAACGACAUUUUUCAUUUUACUUUAAAAAAAACCAGUUUUGUUUCGAUUAGGAAACUUCGCAUUGCACUUCAUCGGUACUACUGUUUCUUAAAAAAAUACCAUGGAUUAUGCAGCC